UGAAACACGUCAUUGCCACAAAUACACAGCGGGACUGGACACAGUGUGAACGUGAGACUCAGUAUGAGUCUUAAUAUAGUUUGCUUGUUACAGCGUUAGAUUGGCUCAAUGGAUGCAGAAACAUGUUCCUUUGCCUUGUAGUCAGUGACUUUGUCUUCUAUAUACACUCAUUCCAGUUUCACAGGAUCUUUGUCAGGCUGCUGCGACCUCUGACCUCUGACAUCUUUACUGAUGGCUACAUCUCAUAUUGCUGAUCAAUGAAUUUGGGGUCGCUGUCAGUCACUGUGGAUGAGACAAAACUACAUUUCAAAAAUGUCAAAGUGAAAAUUUCACAGAGUUUUUGGCUGUUUGGACAUCGACAACGAAAGUCAGAGAGACGGAAAUCUAAAACAGACUAAAAGUCACUCUGAGGAAGUGACAUCAUACUAACCACAGGAAGUAGAUGCAGCAUCGCUCUACUAAAGCACUACUUUAGAGACUCAGACAGUUGUGAGCACGAGAACAAGAGACAGAAGAAGGAGAGAGACAGAGAAUCACGAUGGCUGAGUUCAAAUGGAUUUCUUUAUUUCUUAUAGCGGUGCUUCAGUUCACAGCAGCAGCUGAAAGACUUCCCCUCUCCUUCACUGUCAGAGUUGGAGAUGAAGUCACUUUGCCUUGUGAAAAUGUGAUAGACGGUCAGCAAAAAUGUGACGGUACUAUGUGGCUCUUCAGUGAUUCAGGAUACACAGCAGCAGUAGAGCUGAUUUAUCUUGGGCAGAUUGGUGAAAGAGCCAAAGCUCAAUCAGACAGACUGAGUGUUACAGCGAGCUGUUCUCUGGUUAUAAAGAAGGUCACAGUCGAGGAUGUCGGUCAUUACACCUGCAGACAGUACAGAUCAGAACGACAACAAGGUCCAGACUCUCUGGUUCAUCUGUCUGUUGUUACCAUGACUGAACAUAAGGACCCUGAUAAGGUGACGUUCACCUGCUCUGUGUCGACAUUUGAACGAUGUGGACACACAGUGAAGUGGCUGUAUGCGGGUGAAGAUGUGGCUAAAGAUAACAAAGACUUGGUGACAUCACAGUCUCUCUGCAGAGCCUCUGUGCGCUUCCUGACUUCUCAUUACAGUCACACAUCGAGGUCUAACUUCCUUACAUGUGAAGUGACUGUUGGUAACAAAGUGCAGCUGUUUCCCUUCAGACUUCGGCCCUCAGGUGAGAAACCAGGUGAGGACACAACAACAGCAACAACUGAAUCAACAACAACAGCAACAACUGAAUCAACAACAACAACUGAAAACAGCAGAAAAGCAGGUAUCACCACGACAGCGUCUGCAAUCAGUGAUGCUUCAACAGAACUACAAGGUGACAAACAAACAGCAACAACAAAAUCAACAAGAACAACCACAACAGCAAUCAGUGAUGCUUCAACAGACCUACAACUUAACUGGUGGAGGUUCAGCAUUGUGUCUGCGGGUUUAGCAGCACUCAUAAUAAUCGCUGUGGCCGUCAACAUGUGGACAAGAACUAAAGGGAAAAAAACACAGAUGGAUGAAAACAAAGUGAAUGAUGAUGAAGAUGAAGGUGUGGUGAACUAUGAAAACUUUGGAGACCCUUCUGCCUCAGUCAGACUCCGCUGAUCAACAACUUCCAUAUCAACAUCAACUGACCAGAGAAAAGACUCCACUGCAGUUAAAUAACAUCAUGGAGUCAGUAACAGUCUUCUCUUUAUUAUAUCUGAUAACAAUAUAAUCUGCAAAUAAAGAAAUGUUUACCACUUAA